AUGACAUCACAGCUCUUAACCCGCUUCCUACCCAUCAAUAGUUCCACGUCCCCAUCGAUAUACGAAACCAUCCGACAAUAUGAUGACGAAUCCGGGCCGUCGGAUACUGAGGAACGAGCCGCUAUGGCUAUAGAUGAAGAGAAUUUAGGCGAGCGUUACCAAGACUACGAGCUAGAGGAUGCUCUAGCCCAAGUUUCGGAUACACAGUCAACCCGCAGUAGCAAUUUCCAGUCUGCGGCAGCAGGGAAGUCUCAGUCGCCGCGCACGCCGCAAUGGAGACGGGCUUCACGGGCUAAUGUAGAGGACGACGACGACGACGAAGUCCCGGCCUCUCUGCUCGUUGAAGGCGAUGGAGAUGAGGAGCCCCUCCCUCCCCCGCCUCAACCCCCUGCAAAUCACAAUAGGAUGCUCAAUGAUGAGCCAGCCUCCGGAUACCCAAACCCACGAUUACGCAGCCAGUGGGAAGCUACACGGGAACACGAGCCCAUUCAUCCCGAACGCGCACCACCGAUUCCCCUCAAUCUGCGUGCAAAUAGAAGAACUGGGCUAGCAUUUGCUAACCCGAAAGAAAAGGCCAUGUGGAGAUGGGCCAACGUGGAGAAUUUGGACAACUUUUUAAAGGAAGUGUACCUGUAUUUCAUUGGCAACGGAAUUUGGUGUAUCGUUCUGAGCCGAGUCUUAAACAUCUUAACUUUGGCCUUCGUUGUUGGGUUUACAAUCUUCCUAACAAACUGUAUCGAUUAUGGGAAAAUACCCCAUAGCAAGACAUCCGCUGAGAUUAUCAUCCCUAAAUGCACCAACAAAAUGUCAGCCACGUCCACUUUCCUCCUCUGGUUGUUUACGCUAUUUUGGUUUGGAAAAAUCUUCCAGUAUAUCUUAGACUUCAGGCGUCUCCGGCAUAUGCACGAUUUCUAUCUCUAUCUUUUAGACGUUCCCGAUUCCGAUAUACAAACGAUAUCAUGGCAAGAGGUGGUUGGUAGAAUCAUGGCCUUGCGAGAUGCCAACCCGGCGACUGCUGGGACCGUGUCUACGAAGCAUCGCAAAUAUAUCGGGAGCCAGUCAAAACAACGCAUGGACGCCCACGACAUCGCGAACCGCCUUAUGAGGAAAGAAAACUAUCUCAUUGCCCUUUUCAACAAAGAGAUAUUAAACUUAACACUGCCCGUUCCGUUUCUUCGAAAUCGCCAGCUAUUUUCCCGCACACUAGAAUGGAAUCUUAACUUGUGCAUCAUUGACUAUCUCUUCAAUGAACAAGGCCAGCUACGACCGCUUUUUCUUAAAGCGACCCAUAGGAGAGCUUUGAGCGAAGGUCUACGGCGUCGCUUUAUCUUUGCCGGAAUAAUGAAUAUUUUUAUCGCACCAUUUAUCGUCACCUACUUUCUAAUGCAUUAUUUUUUCAGCUAUUUCAAUGAGUAUCAAAAGAACCCCUCCAAAAUUGGCUCCCGCCAAUAUACCCCUCUCGCGGAAUGGAAAUUUCGCGAGUUCAAUGAACUCUGGCACCUCUUCGAACGCCGAAUUAAUCUAUCAUAUGAAUCAGCAAAUUUGUAUGUCGAUCAAUUCCCGAAAGAUAAGACUGUGCAGUUGUCGCGCUUUGUGGCUUUUAUUGCUGGAGCACUUCUUUCUGUACUUGCAUUAGCUUCCGUCAUAGACCCUGAAUUAUUCUUGGGGUUUGAAAUCACCCAUGAUCGGACGGCGCUGUUCUAUAUUGGAGUUUUCGGUACUGUGUAUGCUGUUGCACGUGGAGUUGUACCGGACGAAACCCAGGUCUUUGAUCCAGAGCAUGCGCUCUUGAACGUGACAUCGUAUACCCACUAUAAACCAGCUCACUGGCAAGGGAAGCUCCAUAGCGAUGACGUGAGAAAGGAAUUUGCUACCCUCUACCAGCUCAAAGUGGUAAUCUUCCUUGAAGAAAUCCUGAGUAUGAUAUUCACUCCCUUCGUACUGUGGUUUAGCCUCCCUAAAUGCAGCGACCGUUUGAUCGACUUUUUUAGGGAAUUUACAGUUCACGUUGAUGGCCUUGGAUAUGUUUGUUCGUUUGCUGUCUUUGACUUCAAGAAAGGCACCAAUUUGAUGCCUCCGGAGACUCACCACCAUCAGCACCAUCUUGGUCACCAGCGCCCAAGGGGAUUUAAACCUGGCGCGCAUGAUUUGCGGGAUGACUACUUCUCCGCCAAAGACGGGAAGAUGCUUGCAUCUUAUUACGGCUUCCUUGACCACUACGCUGGGCCUCCGCGUCCAAGUGGACAUCACGCUUCCCCACAGCAGAAUUAUCGCCAACAGCCAGCCUCUGGCCCAGCUGGCCGGCCUCAAACUGGAGCAAAUAUCUAUUCAAGCCGCAUGGAUCGUUGGGACCAUGGCCAGCCACAACAAUCCGUCCUUCGCACGCCUCGGUUCGGGCCCGCAGAAGGGGCCGGUGGGCAUACUUCUCCCAUGGCAUCGAUGUUACUAGAUCCUCAUCAUCAGCCCUCCAUGUCCAGCUUUCGAUCUAAACCACAUCCCGCAGCGGCGUCCCGCUACCGACCAUCCCGCCAAGCGCAACCGCUGGCUGACACAAUCCAAGAUGUUGAUGAGGACCAGCUUCCUGCCACUGGUACGCAGCCUUUGGACAUGACUACUACUUCGAGCGAACGACGAAGCUGA